AAGGAGCCUAUAAAAAUGCGGUGCGUCCGAACACUUCAUCACUUCCAGGAGACCCUUGAAGUUUGUUCUGUGGAGGACAGUCCAGCAGUCCGCGCUGAGAUGAGAGGAUUCACACUGAGUGGUGUUUGCCAGUGCGGCUUGUUUACGUAUCUUAUGUUGUUUUCUUUCGUGUCUUUGACCACUGCGGUUAGUUUUGACCUCACGGAGCUUAGAAAUAAAGUAGCAAAAAUCAAAGUGAAUCCAAGAGGCAAUCUUUGGGCGACGGGACAUUUCAUGGGCAAGAAGAGUGUGGUGGAUGCGCCUCUGCUGCCCUCACCUGAGGACCAGGGUGCUGACGCGCUGGAUCUCCUCGUCCCCACGGAGCGGACUGCGCUCGGAGAGCUAUUCCACGAGUUCCUGCGCGUGGCGCUGGAAGCGCAUGUGGACACGCAGGGCAGCCGCUCUAAAGACGAGGAGACGGACUUGUUAAUGAAGAUCUUAGAAAAUUACUUGCAAAGCAGAAAGUGAUGCAGGAGGAUGGAAACCUGAGCGCACCAUCCUGGAUCUGAUGUCGCCUGCAUCACAAUCUAAAGGGGAAAUAAACCGUCAAGUCUUUUAUUCAUCAUGAUUGUAAUUUAUUGUAACGGUCAUAAUCUUUCAUUUGCAAACAAUUACAGUUUUUUCACCACAUUUUGUUCUUUUUAUUUUUCUUUCUUUUUUUUGUAGUUUUGGCUAUUUAUAUGAAAUAAAAUAAUUAUUUGCAAUG